CAUCUCCACACGCGAGCCCGCCCUCCGACACCCCAGCAGCCGGCAUGUCGACGUCGCGCUCGGCCUCGCGCGCGGCGCUGCGCCUUCUCCACUCGUCGUCGGCGUCGGCACCACACGCCUCCUCGUCGGUGCUUGCCGUGCGCUCUGCGUCGGCGUCGACGUCGAGCGUCUCCUCCCCUCGCGUCUCCUCCCCUCGCGCCUUCGGCACCGCGGCGCCGCUCAGAAGCGCAUGGCCCGCCGGCGCACAGCCCGAAGACGCCGAUGCAAACCGCCGUGCUGCGCCGCGGCCGCCCCGCGAGAGCGGUGCGCAGCCAAAGCGCUUCCGUACCAAGGGCGUGCGCGAGCUGCGCGAGCUCAAGAAGGAGGGCACGCCCAUUACCGUCAUGACGGCCUUCGACUACCCCACGGCGCUCUCGCUGCGCGCGGCCGACGUCGACAUCUGCCUCGUCGGCGACUCGCUCGCCAACGUCGCGCUCGGGCACGCCUCGACGCAGCAGCUGCCGCUCUCUGCCAUGGUGCACCACGUGCAGGCGGUGAUGCGCGGCAUCUCGUCGCCGCUGCUCACCGGCCCGUCCAUUGCGCCGCCUCCACUCGUCAUUGCCGACCUGCCCUUUGGCUCCUUCUACGCCUCGCUCGAGGCCGGCGUGCGUGCGGCCACCGCGCUGGUGCAGGAGGGCGGCGCGCACGGCGUCAAGAUUGAGGGCGGCUCAGAGAUCGUCGAGCUCGUCGAGCGCCUCUCGUCGUUUGGCAUUCCCGUCAUUGCGCACAUCGGCCUGCAGCCGCAGCGCGUCGCGUCCAGCUCGGGCUAUCGCCUGCAGGGGCGCACUGCGGACGAGGCCUCUGCCAUUCUGGCGCAGGCGCUCGAGCUAGAGGCAGCUGGCGCCACGGCGAUUCUCAUCGAGUGCGUGCCAAACCGCGUCGGUGCCGAGAUUUCCAAGUGCCUGCAGAUCCCUACGAUCGGCAUCGGUGCCGGGCCGGGCACGGACGGCCAGGUCCUCGUCAUCUCCGACAUCCUCGGCGACCUCACGUCGCCCGCUCACGUCCUUGCCGAUGUCGCUGCUGCCGAUGCGUCGACCAGCGCGCAGCUGCCGCUGCCGGGCGCAUCCACCCCACAGCCGCCCAAGUUCGUGCGCGCGUUUGCCGCCCCUGUCGCCGGCGGCGUGACCGUCGGCAGCCUGCGCAUCGCAGCGGUACGCGCGUACGUCGACGCCGUGCGCGCCCGCACCUUUCCGGACGCGCAGGCGGAGGGGUACAAGAUGAAGAAGGAGGAGUUCGAGGAGUUCAAGCGGCGCCUUGGCGGUGACGAGAGGAGACAGCAGGUGUUCGAGCAGUUCAUGCGGGAGCACGAGGAGGACUGAAUGCGAUCGUGCAGGGGCUCAGUGGGCGUGAU